AGGGACGACCUUCCGCUGUGCAGUGCUGUGAUUGGACAGCGCAACCGCGGCAGCAUCUCAGGCUCUCCCCAGCCCGAGACCUGUCUGUCUGGUCUCCGCAGCAGCUUGUUGCUGCCCGCGCGCGCCUCGCCGUCUUUUGCGCUGCCCACAUUCCCCAAGGACGCCCUACCCUAGCGCUGCCCGCGGUCGCCCUGCCAUGCUUGUCCUCUUCUCUCCGCCCGCUUGCUUUUGGUCAGUCCAACACGGCCAGCUUAGCUUCCGCUUGAGCCCAAGCAAAAGGGAAAGAAAGAAAGGAAGGAUGAAAUGGACGGCAGACACACUGCCUACUGCCUGUAUUUUACUGCACCUCAGUACUACUACUACUACCUGACUACUGAGUGAAGGGGGCACUUCGUUGUGGAGCGGCAGAGUUCUUGUUCAGGGUGAGCGCAGUGGAUUUGUCCGCCUGCUGUUUCUCAGCGUUCUUCUUCGCUGCUGCGGUUGAGCUGGUGGCAUCUUCUUCUUCAUCUCGCUGAGAGAGAUUCCAGGUCGACGAACAGGGGCUACAUCUUGUGCUACGGAGACGGAGGGCAGAGAUGCGGCUCUGACGGAUCACCUCGACCACUUUUCAGGCCUCAAAGCAUGAAGAUGUUCUGCUUCUGCAUCCGACCGAGCAGAACACGCUCCUGCGCGCGCGGCGCGUGACCGGGCGUCAACCAAGACAGGGCGGUUGCGCUCGCUGCACACCCAGUGUUCGUCGAAAAGCCGCAAAGGCGCGGGCUGCAGCUCGCAACCGCCGCCAUGAGAGAUCUCGCGUCCUGCCUCAGCCAAACCGGCGUUCAAGUCGCCCACCCCUCCUCCUCAAGCGCCCAGAGCAUGGUGCAGUGCGCCUACCUGGCCCGCCUGCGCGGCAAAUCCUGCAGGGUCACCGUCACCUGGAGCAAGGCGGCCAUGGGGCAGGCUCUGGCCAUCGCCGUCCACGAUCCCUCGGGCCGUUGCCUCUGCAAGACAGAGAUAAAGCCAUGGCUCUUCUCCAAGCGGAAGGGCUCCAAGGCCAUGGAGGUGGACGGCGGCGCGCUGGACAUCCUCUGGGACCUCUCCUCGGCCAAGUUUGCGGGUGGGCCGGAGCCUGUCCAAGGAUACUAUGUUGCUCUCAUCUUUGAUCUCGAGGCUGUCCUUGUGCUCGGGGACAUGCCCAGGGUGGGGGAUCACAAGGCGUCUUCGGAUGCUUUACCUUGUGAUGCAGCCAUGAUAGCCAGGAAGGAGCACACGUACGGGAAGAAGGUGUACUGCACAAAGGCUCGGUUUUCGGACAUUGGUCAGCAUCAUCAUAUCACCAUAGAAUGUGACACGUCGGGGACGAAGGAUCCAAGCCUGGAGAUCAGGAUUGGGAAGAAGAGAGUGCUGCAGGUAAAGAGGCUUGCAUGGAACUUCAGAGGAAACCAGAUGUUCUAUGUUGAUGGCCUGCCCGUGGAGGUGCUCUGGGAUGUGCACGAUUGGCUAUUUGGUUCGUCGAAUGGAUGCGCUGUGUUCUUGUUUCAGUCAGGCCGAUCCAUGGAGAAAUUUUUGGCAAGGUCUUGCUCACAGGAUGAAAAGGAGCGUCAAGUGCAUCGGUUUGGUUUUACUUUGCUACUUCAUGCAUGGAAGGUUUAGUAACAAAAGCGCGAUGGGCAGAUUUCUUUGAUUACUCUACAUCGGAUGAACGAAUCCUAACAGUAGAAUAUAGGAUCUAGCAAGCCUAACAAAACCUUUUGCGAGUUUUCAUGUUUCUUAGCUGUUUGUUCUAGUUCUAGAGUUGGGUUUUGAUUUAUCCAUAUGGUUCUGGUGAUAUCAGUGAGUGGUGGAAUGUUUGGCUGAUUCUAGUGCUCCAUUUGUCUUUCCAUGCCACCUUGUGCAUUGUGAACAGAAAUCCAAGAAAGGAUUUUAAAAAGUUGUUUUCUGCUACUCUGCACUCUUUGCAAUUCCUAUACUAUGGAUAUGUAUAUUUUCAGUGAGGCUAGUGUGUGUUCACUUGGAAAAAUCUGCUGCUGGCUGGCAAAGAUAAUGA